CAGACAGAGAGAGAGAAAGUGAAGAGAGGGAAAACACACGGACCACAGUGUUGUUGUCUGUGCCUGCCUGCCAGUUGCACAGAGAAAAGGGCUCUAUUGAAGCUCACCGAAACCAAACUAAGCAGCACUUCAAAUCAGCUUUUAUGAGUGGAUAAGUUGAUUGCUGACAGUUUAAAGAAGAGGAGGAAUUUUGACUGCUUGCUAUCCCUCAACACUGUUUGUGGAAUCUUCCUAAACUAUACCCAAGUAAGAUGGACCAGCCACUCGUAGAAGAUGUCUUGUCCCAGGGCCAGUUAAAGGCUUUCUUCUCCUACUACAAGCUGAAAGCCUUGCUGCCUGUCCUCUCGUGGUUGCCCAGGUACAACCGUAGGUGGCUCCAGAUGGACCUAAUUGCAGGGCUCACUGUAGGACUGACUGCUAUACCACAGAGCCUUGCUUAUGCAGAGGUAGCUGGUCUCCCUGUGCAGUAUGGCCUGUAUUCUGCCUUCAUGGGGGGGUUGAUCUAUGCACUUCUGGGGACCGCCAAGGAUUUGACACUGGGGCCCACAGCCAUCAUGUCCCUCUUGUGUUCAUCUGUGGUGGGGGGGAAGCCUAACCGGGCCGUCCUUCUCAGUCUACUCUGCGGAGCAAUUCAAGCUGCUAUGGCUCUACUGAGAUUAGGGUUCCUUUUGGACUUUAUUUCUUUCCCUGUAAUAAAAGGCUUCACAUGUGCUGCUGCAAUUACCAUAGGCUUUGGCCAGGUCAAGAACAUAUUGGGGCUCAAAGGUGUUCCCCAGCAGUUCUUCUUGGAGGUUUACUACACGUUCUACAAGAUUACAGAGGCCAGGAUAGGUGAUGUUGUCCUGGGCCUGAUCUGUCUAGUACUGCUGCUCAUGUUGGCGUUGAUGAAGAAAAACCUGGGGUACUUGUCUGAGGAGUCUCCCACCUAUUCCAGAGUCGCAAAGGGAAUGGUGAUGGGCGUUGCCACUGUACGUAAUGCCCUGGUGGUGGUCGCUGCCUCCUGCAUCGCAUACUCCUGGGAUGCUUACGGUUAUCAUGUCUUCACUCUCACUGGAGAAACCUCCAAAGGCCUACCACCCCUCAGGCCCCCGCCUACCUCAGACACAAUGGCUAAUGGUACGGUUGUCUCCUUUGGAGAAAUUGUAGAGGAUUUUGGAGGAGGGCUUGCUGUCAUUCCUUUAAUGGGUCUGCUGGAGAGCAUUGCCAUCAGCAAAGCUUUUGCCAGUCAGAACAACUAUAGGAUUGAUGCCAACCAGGAGCUGUUGGCUAUUGGUGUGACCAACAUAAUGGGAUCUUUUGUGUCUGCCUACCCGGUGACUGGCAGCUUUGGGAGGACAGCGGUGAACUCUCAGACAGGGGUGUGCACCCCAGCAGGAGGGAUCAUCACUAGUUUGAUAGUGUUGCUGUCCCUGGCAUUCCUGAUGCCAGCAUUCUACUACGUUCCUAAAGCUUCUCUGGCAGCAGUUAUCAUCUGUGCCGUAGCUCCCAUGAUAGACUACCAUGUGGUGGCUAAGAUAUGGAAAAUACGCAAGCUGGACCUGCUGCCUUUCUGUGUUACGUUCCUGGUGAAUUUCUGGGAGGUGCAGUAUGGCAUCAUAGCAGGGGUUGCUGUUUCUGGAGUCAUGCUGCUCUACAACAUAGCCAGACCCGGGUUAAAGAUUUCAGACCAUGGCAUACUUGUGAUGGAGCUGGGCAGCGGACUCACAUUUCCUGCCAUGGAGCACCUCAGCCACAUCGUACACACCCAGGCUCUGCAAGCUUCUCCUCCGCGGCCAGUGAUCCUGGACUGCAAUCAUGUGAGUGCCAUCGACUACACAGUGGUCAAUGAACUCAGAGACCUGCUGAGACAAUUCAAACUACAAGGAGUGUGCCUGAUUUUCUCCAGACUGCAGCCCUCGAUCCUGAAGGUCGUUCUCUCAGCUGAUCUUCCCAGUUUGAGGCACACAGAUAGCAUCGAGGCAGCAUUGCAGAUCCUGUCUGGUAACCUCCUCAAUGACUGGCACAGCGACAUUGACGGGUCCAGCAGUUCUUGACGCUGAACAGAAGCAUUCAAGCAAAGGACCAUGCCAUUACAGUUUACAUCAGGGCCAAUCAGAGCAGAUUGGAGCUCAAGAGGGACGACCCGUGUCCUCAAUGAGUAGCUGUCGAGUUGUUUAGUGACUCCCAGUUGCUGAGCAAAAGCAUUCUUCAUGUACCAAUUAACGAAAACCCCAGUUGUUUGCACUUUAAAGAUCUUUACAUAAUCUAAAUUGUAUAUCUGGGAACUUCCAAAUUAUUUUGGAUUCAUUUUGGCACUGGUUUAGACACUACUCCAUUAUUAUUGUGCAACAGAAUUGCACCCAAAUGACAUUAUUGUCUUUUGUAGCUUUUUUUUAGGACUUAGAUUUCUUGUGAGUCGUCUAAGGAGUUAUUGUCAUUUUCCUUUCAUCAAGAUAAUAUAAGCCAUAUGAAACCCAGCAGAAAAAUUUAAGCAAGGAAAUUUCCCAGAAGGAAAAUUCUCACAGAAAUUAAGACUUGGAUUAAGGCAAGGAUAAGAUCCAAAACAUGCCUCUCGUCUCAGAAACAACAAAAGAUGCACUCUGUUUUUUAUUUUUAUUUUUUAAUAUCUUUUUAUAACCAAAAUGGAUGGCGGCGGUGCAACAAAAUAAAAACUCUUCUCAGGAAGUGAUUGUAAACAAAUUAGGAAAGACAUUUAAGAAUAACACAGGAUAGAGUAGAAAGGAUGGAAAUUUACACAAAUGAGACUAACACGUAUAACAACAUCUAACAUUGUGGGUUACAUCACUAUGGCUGAAUGAUAUAUCCGCAUAUUUAGCUAGAGAGAUGUAAUGUUAAAAUUUCUGCAGUUUUUUAAAAUAUUUUUAAACGACCGAUCCUUUGAGGCAGUUGGCAAAAAAGUCCCAACAGCCAUGAUAGUAUAGUUAUUGUUCCCUCCUCAAAUCUGGCCUUUAACUUUUCCCUUUCUUUGUUUUCUCAUUCUGUAUGAAAGGUAUAUACUAUAUUCCAAGGUAAGAUUUUAUAUGUCUCUUUACAUAUGUACGUUUGUGUGCAUCUUCAGGGACGGAUUAAACCAAUCUGGGGCCCGGGGCACAAUAAUUCACGGGGCCCCCCUAUAACAACACCAGAGAGUCUGAAUGCAAUUUCACCAAGCAGUUUUGAUUAGUCUUGUGACUUACUGUAAUCACCGGAAACAACGCAACGCAUGUGAUAUUAUUAAAGGACCUACAAAACGUUACAUUAUUAUUUUUAUUGUUGUUGUUGUUGCUAUUAUUUCACCCGUCACCAGCUCUAACUGCUAAGGCGCGCAAACGUCACGUUAACGUUACCUCCCAGAAUGCAUUGAAUAUGUAAGGGAUGCUGUACAGUGAGCUGGUUAUUAUUACGAAAUA